GACUCGGGCAGGGAAGGAGCUGGCGCGCAGGCUGCUGGAGGGUGAUGGCCCUGCGAGUCUGCGGGCUCCCUCCUCACCCAGAGUCGGAGGCGAAAGGCUCUCCGAAACCCGAGGAUCAGGGCCAGCACUGAUCGCAGAACCUAAACACCCCGAUCACCACCACCCCGGGCGUCCACCGACUCGGACGAAAACAAGGAUCCGCACUCCCUCCCGCUUCUCGGGGUCCUCCAGAUAUGUACCCGGCUCUCAGGACUCUGCGCGGAAAAAGAAGUUUGCCCAGCUUGGACCUAAUGACCUCGCCAAGCUGUGCGCCUGGCUGCCUGGAUCUGGUGUGAGCGGUGUUAUCCAGGCAGACGUUUCUGCCGGAGGCCGUGAACACCUUCCCCGCCGCGGUGGACCACCUGCAGGGCCUGUACGGCCUCAGCGCUGUGCAGACCAUGCACAUGAACCACUGGACGUUGGGGUACCCCCACGUGCACGAGAUCACCCGCUCCACCAUCACCGAGAUGGCGGCGGCCCAGGGCCUGGUGGACACGCGCUUUCCUUUCCCGGCUCUGCCCUUUACCACUCACCUGUUCCACCCGAAGCAGGGGGCCAUUGCCCACGUCCUCCCUGCCCUGCACAAAGACCGGCCCCGUUUUGACUUUGCUAAUUUGGCCGUGGCCGCCACGCAGGAAGAUCCGCCUAAGAUCGGAGAUCUGAGCAAGCUGAGCCCCGGGCUGGGCAGCCCCAUCUCCGGCCUCACUAAAUUGACUCCGGACAGAAAACCUUCCCGAGGGAGGUUACCGUCCAAAACGAAAAAAGAAUUUAUCUGCAAGUUUUGCGGCAGACACUUUACCAAAUCCUACAACUUGCUCAUCCACGAGAGGACCCACACGGACGAGAGGCCGUACACCUGUGACAUUUGUCACAAGGCCUUCCGGAGGCAAGACCACCUGCGGGACCACAGGUAUAUCCAUUCCAAAGAAAAACCCUUCAAAUGUCAGGAGUGUGGCAAAGGAUUUUGUCAGUCUAGAACUCUAGCAGUUCACAAAACUUUACAUAUGCAGACAUCAAGCCCUACAGCUGCGAGCGGUGCGGCAAAGUGUUCAGGCGAAACUGCGAUCUGCGGCGCCACAGCCUGACUCACACCCCGCGGCAGGACUGCUAGAGAGGCCCAGGAUGUCCCGCCCGCCGCCCUGCUCCCCUCCCCAGACACCUCGCUACGUCUCCCACCCGAGGGUCCCGCCCCACACCCUUCAUUGACCCCCAGCUCUGCCCUUGCUGCAGCCGCACCUGCAGCUCCAGGGAGUUAAAAUGUUCUUCGGGAGGACUGAGAACUAUAUACAAAGCCACACUAGAACUGCACCCCCUUCACCAAGCGCACGUGCUAGUUUCUUGUAGAUACUCACAGCUCAUUUUAGAGCUCUGUACAUAAUUGUCGUGGGUCUUCGUGUUGUUGUUUUUGUUGUUGUUUUUGUAUCUUGUCCGAUGCACCUAAAUGUGGAUAAAAAUGGAAGCCAAAUUUAUCUUGAAAGACUGUAUUUUCAAAAUAAAACUUCUCUCGUUU